CAGCGUUACCAAAAUAUGUUGGCGCGGGAUCACCCCUCACCCGCCAACACCCGCCGUCGCCCCCACAAGGCCGCCGGCCGCAUCCGCAACGACCACGACGUGCAGUACGAAGUGGACCACCUGUACAUCCGCAGCGGGAAUCUGACCGACACUCUCAACUACCCGUAUAUGGCGGCCGUGAUGGUCAACGGGAGGCUAUGGUGCGCGGGGGCCAUCGUCGACGUCGGCUGGGUGCUCACGGCGGCACAUUGUCUUAACUAUGUGUUAUCAGUGCUCUCCGUGAGGCAACUGAACCGCUACGUGAAGGUCCGCGUGGGCAGCGUGAAGCCCCACGACGGGGGGGAGCUGGUGGACGUGACUGGGGCCGUGAGGCACCCCAAGUAUGAGGAGGAACCGGUGCCCCAUGCCGACGUGGCGCUGUUGAAGCUACAGGACAACCUUCAAUUCUCGAAAUACAUAAACUUGAUUCGGAUCUAUGACGGGUCCCGCGAGCCGUUUGCGCAGAGCUUCAUCAACGUGGCAGGAUGGGGGGCCACCUCAGGUUCAGAAACGGCGUUCCGCGAGCAGACGUCGAACUUGCUGGUGGCCCGGCUGAAGGUCCGUACUCGCCAUUACUGCGAGGACGCCUACCAGCUGGUGAACGGCUUCCAGUUCGGUGACGACAUGUUCUGCGCGUCUCUGAGGAACGGGACCAGAGAUGCUUGUCUGUUUGACGCAGGCGCUCCAGCGGUACAACACAAUGCACUAAUGGGCAUCAUGAGCUUCGGACCCGAGCGCUGUGGAGGCACGCAGCCUGCGGUCUUCAUCAAGGCUCUAUACUUCAGGGAUUUCGUGAAGCACACCAUAGUUCAGUACAAGACGACCAGCGAGCUAAUCGACGCCAUGAAAGAAGCGGAGAGCGCUCCGCGUCCGCCCAUAUUUGGGAUCCCAUAA